UUAUUUGACUCUAGUAAUCCUGCUGAACCACAGUUGCUGUAGAAGCGGAUAGUAUCGUGCCUAUCAACUAUACAACUCAGCAAUGCAACAUGGGACUAACAUGCAUCUGACGACUCGGGGUGCUUCAAUGAUGGAAGAAGAUAAUGAAGGGAGUAGUCUCUCAGACAUCUUCAAGGAAGCCCUUUGCAAUCGGGAACAUGGGAUACUCCAUCUCAACUACAAAGGACUGGUGCAGUUCCCUCCUCAGCUAACCAGUCAAGAUGACUAUGCACACAUCCAGGUUAUCUAUGCCAAGAGAAACUUGAUCACCCAUCUUCCCUAUGAUAUUCAUCGGUUGACAGGCCUCAAAAUCUUGUAUCUUCAUUCAAACAACUUGUCAUCUCUUCCCAAGGAAAUGAGUCUGAUGAAGUCCCUGGAAUCUCUGGAUCUGAGUCAGAAUCUUUUCACCAGGUUUCCUGAUAUUUUAUGUCGCUGUACUGGCCUUAAAGAGUUGUACAUGACCGUUAACCGUCUCUCAUCUCUGCCUCCAGAAAUUGGAGAUCUCAAGCAGCUGACUAUCUUAAACCUGAUGGAUAACCAACUAGAAAGCAUCCCAUCAGAGAUUGGGCUGUGCUCAUCCUUGGAAACCCUUCACCUGGAUCGGAACAAGCUUACUACCUUACCUAGGCAACUCAUCACAUUGAACAAUCUCAAAGAACUCUCUGUAACAGGCAAUAAUCUCUUUGUCUUGCCCAUGAGAUUGGGCUGGCUACCAAAUCUGCAACACCUAUAUGUUGACAGUAAUCCAAGACUAUGCACGAUACCCUUCACGUUACACAGCAAGCAGAUAGGAGUCUGUAGAUGCGGCUCAGCCAAGCCUCCUGGUAAUAGAUGUAUUCAGAUAGGUGGACUGCAUGGAGUUCUUCCCUCAGAGAUACAGGUCUAUCAUGACGAGAGAACAUCCAUCAAGCUACCAAGUACUCUUCUUGAAUUAGCAUUAAAUGCUGUCUACCAUCAUAAGGAUAUCCUGGACGUUGAUUCCAUGCCCAAGAGUCUUGCCGACCUGAUUGCUUGCCCCACUGCCCACUGUGUUGCCCCAUCAGGAUGUGAAAAACUCAUCUUCACAGAGGCCUAUGUGCAUUUCCUUCAGAUACCUUGGAUUCAGCAGUUCACACUCGGUGGCAACAGCAAUCUGUCUCUGACCGCCUUGUGCUGUUCCAUGAAGUGUUUGGAUAUGUUCAAGAAGCAUCCUGUCCCUACCUGAUACCUACACGAACCCGUUGACUACCAAAUUCUAUAAUUCCCAUAGUCUUUGUGCAGGGACCACCCGAUCCCAGUAGGCAAAGAUUUGAUGUAGUCGGGAAUGAGUGAGAGAGGAUAGAGAUUGUGGAAAAUGUGACAAACCACAAUAGAGAAUGUAUACAGUAGUCUUUAGAGAAUUCUUUGAGGUGUCUGACUACUGAUGGCAAGUUGAUUUGGAAAUUGUAACACCAAUCCAGGCUUUACCAUCACCUUCAUCUACAUUGUAUAUGCCUAACUACAAGAGAAAGGGUGGUUAAUUGCCACGUGAUGUAAUACCAGGGCCCUAUAACAUAAAAGAUAUGAUCAAUUUUGUAAUCAUAACAGUAAGUCUAUGGCAAUCCAUGUACAAAAAAGUUACAAUCAAUCAUAAACAUUAAGCAUAUGUCUUUGUGUUACACCCUUUGGUGACAUAUGAAACCACUACGUUCAUGUGGUUGACUAUAAAUACAGUCUCAGUACUGUUUUGCACAAUCAUUGCUUGUAAUUCCCUGCUGAAACUUUCAUAUAAUUAAAACAUGCUUUUGGAAUGUUUCAUAUUCAGAAACAGUGUCAUGUACACAUCAAUAUGAAGACAGCAUGAACAAAGGGAGCUCCCUAUUUUUAGCCAAGAGAAAUUAGGCCUUAAACAGUACUUCUUGAAGCUGUGUAAGUUUUCCCUAAUUGCAUUUUCAAACUGUAUUUUUGACAUUCAUUCAAAAUGUGUGUUUCAAAAUACUUAUACUGCCCUAUAAAUAAGCAUAAACAAAGUGCAUCUUCAGUCUCAAACUGAUAGUUAUACCCAAUUUUUAUAUGUGCGAGACUUAAUCAGCAAUUAAUUUUUAUAUAACAUUGUAUGUCUGUGCCGUUCAUGUACAAAGUAUGCUUUCUUUGGACCAAUUAAUUGUUAUCUACCAAAUUUAUCUCUGUGAUAUAUUGUAUGUUAUAUCUCUUUUUUGUGUACAGAUUGAUGUUCAGAAUUUGAUUUACUUAUUGUUUAAGUAUCUGGUAUGCAAUUUUAGAAAUAAUGAGCUGUAAAUAGCCAACUAAAGAAAGUCUCUCUUUGUGAUAAAAGGAUUGUACUCCUUAAUUUUUAAAGUUUUGUUAUCAUAAUUAUUUUAUUCUUUAUUUUAUACUUUUUGAAUGUCUUAUGUCUUUCAUGAACACGUAGUUUGUCAAAAUAGAUAGAGGAUCGACUUAAUAAUAAUCUUGACCUACUUAAGAUAAGAAGGCUAACUAUUCGUUUGCGGCAAAACACUUUAUCUUGUGCAAUAUUUUUUUUUUUUCAUUUUACAAAAAAGUGACUAGUGAUGAACAAAGAAUCAAAUUGGGUGAAUUAAGGAAAUUGAAAUCACGACAUGAGACCGAUGGUAUAGUUUCUCCUAUAGACUUUGUACAUAUGAAACAGACCAAGGCCGAGACUAAGGCUAACAAAAUUUGGCUGUGAGGCCAGCCUCUACUCUGUCACCUGUUUUUAAAAGGCUGGUAGUAGGAAUAUAUGGAAAGUAAUUACAGAAAUAUAUGUCCUAAAAAUAUGAAUUUCUUAUUUUACUUAAUUUAUGAAGUUUUUUUAUGUAUACUGCAACAUUACUGUACUUGUGCAAUUAUAAUUAUGUCUCCAAGAUUCAUUAUUUAUUGACCUAUAAUAAAGUCCUUGAAAUUUCAUUUCCGUGUAUCAUAUUCAUGUAUGCAUGAUACAACUCCUAUGUGUUAUUAGGGGGGGUACUAUUUUUAAGAAGUUAUUUCCAUAUGUAUGAAAAUUAUGCUUCUUGAGAAUUCUUUAGAAUAGUUUCAUGUACCUUUUGUUAUUAAGUGCUUUGAAAACAAAAUGUAAUCUAUAUGGGUUGUGUGUCAUACCAUCCAAUUCAAAUUUGAAAUUUAAGAUUAAUUCAAUUAUGCCGAUAGUAUUAAUAUAUAGAGAAGAAUAGUACAUUCCUGUAUUUAAUUUAUUAUUUCUUUAUACUAAUGUGUUGCAAAGACAGUAGACUUUAUUAUUCUGCCGAUGAACAAUAUUCCUUUGAAUGAAAAUAUAUAUGUACAAUAUCAUGUCAUGAUAUGCAUUAUUAUUGUUAUUAUUAAAGUAUUCGUAUGAAUGAAGAUAUUUGUAUCAUGAACUUGAUGUGAGGAUGGCCAGUUUAUAAUAGUUUGAUCCAGAUAAGCUUGCUUGUAUAUGUAUUAUAGUUUUAGCUGUGGAAGGAAAGAUGAUUUCUUCAUCAAAUAUAGUUCAGUGAGGAAAAAAUCAAAGCAACAGUUCUGCAAUAUUUUAUAUACCGUUUGCAAUUAGGAAUUACAGUGUGAUAUUAAAGUCACACUUAACUGUCUGGAACAACCCCCAGGCUCUGUUUGUAAUGUAAUGUGAUUCUUGGAAGGAGAAUAAUAGAAUUAGAGUACUUGGCCCAUAUCUCUUAAGAAAAAUUAAAAUUUCUGAUCUGUUUAUUUCUGAACAAUUUGCGUGAGAUGUAUUUUUGCAAGAUCUACUUUGGCAAGUUGUUAGGUUUAUGCCAAAUAGGUGAAUAACUCCAUUAAUAUUGAACAGUGAUAGACCCUUUAGGUAAAAGCUUAUGAAAGUUGGUUCAUCACUAAAUUUUGCUAUAAUGAAUAAUUAAGUCAUUCACAACUUCAUCAGAUUUACAUUACAUGUACAUGUAACUCUCCAGUUUAUUCAAUGACCUAGUUUUGUUAUUUGUUUCUAUGACAUUUGAUUUCCAUUUUAGUAAAGUUCCAGUUUAGUAACAUUUGCCCUGCUCCAUCCAUGUUUUUUGUAGGGAUGUGGUACCUUGUAGGAAUAACUUCUUUCAAAUUGCAUAACAUGUCAAAGCAGAUAAUGCCAGUAUAUUAGUACUCCUACUGAUGCCCGAACUGAACAGUUUGUGAAUGUUCAUAGAGCAAUUUAUAUGACUGUCAUUGUCAAAUGAAAUAUUUAUACCUGUAAUUAUGACAUUUUUGAUGGAGUGAAGAACAAAUCACCACAUAUAAAACCAUUAUAAUAGAGAGGGGAUUCCUGUAAACAGACAGAUAAUUUUGGUUGUUUUUUAUCACCAUUUAACACAUCAUUUUAUAUCUAUCAAUUUAAUUGUCAUUGUCCUGUUCUAUUGCAUUGAUUUGAUCUAUCCACUGAGGCAAGUGGUGGUUUUUUUUUAAGAAGUGGUUGUUUAGUGAAAUGGGAUUGAAGUAAUUGGAUAACAAAAAAAAUUAAAUAACAUCAAGUGAUCAUUAAUCCUUAGAUGCAACAUUUAGUGAAUAAUUGGAAAAAUGCAACUAUGACUAUGUGAAUCUGUCAAUAUUUUAAAAUAUUCUUCCCAACACUUUCCAAAAUAUGAUCAAAUUUAUAUCAAAUAAGUUGAAAUCAGUACUUUACUCCUGAUGAUUUAUAAAUGUAUAAUUUUAUUUUUUUUUUCAUUAUCUUUAAAUGGCAAUUAACUUUGAAUUAUAUUUAUCAUACAAAUCAUUAAAUUUAUGUAAUUUGUCCUUAUAUCUAUGGCAAUUUGUUCUUGCUUUUCUAUGUGUCAUAAUAUUUUUUGUAUUGUAUUUGAUAAAUUAAUUUAUCUGCAUUAAAUUUUCAUGAACUGUUGUAUGU